AAAAUUGCGCGUCAUGAAAAACAUGGCGGACUAGUGUGUUCAUGGGGUCCGAUACUUGCUACCCGUCGUCGAUAAACGAAAGCUUAUUUCUCCCAACAAACGACAUAUUCUUGAACAGGGCGAAAUGUUUCGUCGGUCAAGAUUUAGUGCUCGGCCCAAUGUCGUUAAGGCCGGUAAAACGCCUCAGGAAGCCCCUUCAGCCAACCAGGAGGCCAGUGAGACCCCCAAAGACGUUGGUGAGAGCAGCGCUGCUGCUGCAGUGACAGACAUCCAGUCUGUUGUGACCCCAUCAGAAAAAGCUACAGCCCCAGGGGAUGGCAAUGACCAAAAUGGGGAAGGUGCCAGCUCCUCAGCAGCAGUCCAACGAAGGAAGCGGUUUUCCAUCAAGCCCAAAGUGGCCCCAGGCCGCCCCGCCACAGUUGCUCGAAUGCAGAAAUCCCACGUCAAGGCUGUCUCUGAAACUCCGAUUGAAGUCCCCGUCUCAGACCGUGACAAGCCAACUACGUCCAGCCAAACUGGGACUACGGUCGCCCCUCAGAGACUCCAGUCCCCAAGGAGACGGAGGCCUUCAGAAGAGAGCAAGCAGCCCAAAAUGCAACAUAAACCGGCCCUCAUCCCUUCUGACAGUUCAGAGCCUUCAGCUGACUCUGCAACAAAUCUGCCAGCGGACAGUGGCAAGGAAUUAGAAAGCACGUCAGACAGUCAAGUCAAAGGAGUUCCUUCCAGACUACCAGAUAAAGUCCCCCCUUCUCUGCCAGACAAAGAAGCUAUCGCGUUAUCAGAGAAAGCCAAGACCCUAGUAUCAUCUAAGAGUAGGCUUUCUAUCUCAGCACCAGCGUUGUCCUUGAGUAGACUCCUGAAUGACCCAUCAGACUUGCAGAGGAUUGCAAAAGCCCAAAAACUCAGAGCGUUGCUCAGACAGGAGAUGCAUAAAGAAAAGAAACUCAAAAAAUCAAAAACACGUGCAAAGGAAUUUACCUUAGAUCCUGCCAAAAUGACCAUGAGGGACCUCAUCCGUUAUCUACCACAGUCCAACCCCAUGACAUCGAGUGUAGAAGAAUCAGCUCAAGAGAAUGAGACUGUGGUCCCACCUUCUCCAGGAAAAGAAGUAUGUAAACCCUGCAGUUCACCAGAGAGAGAGCAGGAAGCUGUGGUCCUCCCUAAAUUAGGAAGCCCGAGGGAGGGGUAUGAAGAUGAAGAGGAAGAGGAAGAUGACGACGGCACGUUGGUUCCUCAGGUCAAAGUAGCCGAGGACGGCUCACUGAUCAUUGAUGAAGAGAGCUUGACGGUGGAAGUCCUGCGAGCCAAAGGGCCAAAUCCAGCCAACGAUCGGGACCCCAUCUUUGAGCGCGGCUCCACUACAACUUACUCGAGCUUCAGGAAGGGGACCUAUACAAAACCCUGGUCCAGUGAAGAGACGGACAUGUUCUUCCUGGCAGUUAGCAUGGUGGGGACAGACUUUUCCAUGAUUUGUCAACUGUUUCCUCUCCGAGCUCGAUCCGAGAUAAAGAACAAAUUUAAAAAAGAAGAGCGAGAGAAUUCCUGGAGGGUUGACAAAGCUUUCCGAGAGAGGCGCAAACUGGACAUAGAAUAUUUUUCGAAGCUACUAGAGAAGAUUCUGGAAGUUCAGAAAACCAGGAAGAAGCUGAAGUCACUGGCUGGGAAGAACUCACCCAAGAAGACCACGAGAAAGGCAAAAGCAGGCAAAAAAGCUGCAAGGAAGCUGAGUGUUGUGGAGGAGGAAGACGAGGAAGAGCAGAAGGUAAUUGCUGCUUUGGAGGAGGAGGGAGAGAAAGAGAACGAGGACCUCUGUAAUGAGGGAGGAACUGACGACGUGAAGCCUAAGAAGAAAUGCAAAAGAAAGAACAGAGAGGAUGCCUUGACUGAGGAACCAAAUGACAAGAAAAACAAAACGGGUGAAAAGAGCAAUGAACAAGAUGAGGCCUACACACCUGGGGACAGUGAGGCAGCACUUCCUGAAGACUGUCCAACAUCAGACAUAUCUGAAAAGACCGAGAGUGUGAAUGAAGCCAAGGAUGCCAAGAUCAAGCCAGCUAAACUCUCCCGAGGCCGAGGCCCAAAACCACUGCUGCCUUUGGGCCGGAAGUGGGGUAAAAAGCCCCCACCACCCUCCACAAAGACCAACGACACUGCGUCAGAUAAAGGGGAGGAGAGUGUAAUUGACGGAGGUGCUGAAGACCAGGUAAAUAAAGAUGCCUCACCUUUAAGUCAAGCUGAUAAGAAGAAGUCAGCCAAUGAUGACUCUGAAGAAGAGGAUGCCACCGUUCAACCUCCGAGGCCUACCAGGUAUGGGAGAAUGCCCAAACCCAUCAAGCUGUUGAAUUACCCCGCCAAAGAGGCUGCAUCUGAAGCAACUCCUGCCUUACCCGAGGGGUCCGCUGCUUCUGCUGCCAGGCCUAAACCCAAAUGCACAGCCAAGAGGGGAAGAUCAUCAAAGCUACAAUCAUCCCAAGAGUCCAAAAAGCCUAAACUAGUCACCCUCAGGGCUUCUCACUCAGACUACAGUGAUGAUGAGGAGGAACAGCAGCGAGAAGAAGAUGUGGAGGAGGAGGAGCCCGCUGUAUGUAGCUCCAGAAAGGACAGCACUGCCCCUGUCUUUGUGCCUGCCGGCCUGCGCUCCCCACGGCCUGUGAUUUCAGAAGUGGAGGAGACAAUGGAGGAGCUUGAUAUCUUGGCCAAUAUUCCUGAUGUGUUCGGCAUCUCCCAAGAUGCACUGUGCCCUGAUGCCUCUUGCGAGCGGGCACAAAAUGAGACAGGCACAGAUGAACCCUGUGACCAUCAGUUGGACCUGCUUGUUGAUGUGAUCGACCUCCUUACUUCAGACCCCACAGAAGUAUCUGAGGCCGAGAGCUACAAUGAGGCCGCUCAAACCCUGUUGACUAUCGGCCACCUGGCUCCCCUCCCUCAGUCAGCACAGAAUCAAAUAGACAUUCAAGAUCAUAAAGCAGGGACAACUUUAGCCGAUGUGAAUGAAACCAGCCAACACCUGGAAGAAGAGACUGAAUCAAAGGCUGCUGUACUUGAGGAAGACGGCGUCGCUCCUCUUCUGUCUACAACUUCUGAUCAUGGAGUAAAAGAAACAUCAGAAACUGUGACCAUUGUGGAGAUACUAAACAGCACAGCGGACAAUCAUGACAUUUCCGUUAUUGAAUCCACUGAUCAGAGGACUGGUUCUGAUAUGGACCCAACCUCUCAAUUGCAAAGUCCAGAGAGCUCAAAGAAAAAUUUUCCACAGACCAAGAAAGGACGCACAUCCAAGGUGAAACCAAAACCUAACCUAGGCCAAGCCUCCAGGACUGCUCUGUUAAAAUCCCAACCAGGGACAUCAACAGUAAGGAGAGCUGAGAAGAGCCACACAGUUGCUCCUGAGCUUGCUCAAACCGCAGAGACACUAGCGUCUGCAGAGGAAACCCCUAAGAUAGCAGAAACAUGUAAAAACAUGUUAAAAGAUGACAUUUCUUAUAUUGAAGUCAAACGUACAGAAGAGCCAUCGGGCAGUCGGAAGAGGUCUGUUAGUGAAGGACAAUCCCACGCAGCAACAUCACAGAGUGCAUCAGAAAACCAGAGUCACUACUUCUCCGAAGCCCAGUUGGAACCCAGUUUGGAACAGGCAACCGGAGACUCACGGUCAACAUCUGGGUCCACAGAUGAAGUGCUGAUGUCUCAUGUUGGGACAAUUGAAAGUAUUUGUAAUAAUCAGGUAACAUCUGACUCAGCAGUCACAGAACCCCAGACUGGACAAGGGUCAAACAUAGACUCAGCCCCAGUCCAGGAGAGCAGUGACCAUCCUGCUCCAUGUGUCACAGCUGUAGAGGAGUUACCCGUCAGUCAGAGAGAAGAGAGUGAAGUGGGAUCUACUCACCAGAGGAAGAGUCGAUUCCAGAAACCCAAAGUCAACUUAGCACAAAUAUCAAGAACUGUGCGUUCUAAACCUCAAACCACAAAAGAUACCGUAGAGGAAGACUCCAACACAGCUCCAAACCCCAAGUUCCAUGAAAAAACAAUAGCAGAAGUGGAAGCAGAGCCAACUUGCCUCACCUCUCCUGAAAAACCAAGUCGUCCUGAUCCUGCUUCAGAUUUGAUACCACUGGUGGAUUUAGGGACUACUCUCACAGCCACAGAAGAACUGUCUACAACUGAGGAGAAAAAGACAGAUGGUGAAGUUGUUGGUCAGGUAGAAUCAGAUGCAGUAACAUCACAUCAGAGUGUCUCAGAAAACCAGAAUGUUUCCGAAGCCCAGUUUACACCGAGGAGGGAACAGGCCACAAGAGAUACAAUGCCCAUAUUGGAGUCCUUAGAUGAGAAACUGAUGGCUAAUUUUGGGGCAGCUGAGAGUAGCUGUAACGAUCCACAGUUGACAUCCGACUCAGCAGUCACAGAAUCCCAGACUGAACAAGGGUCAAACAUAGACUCAGCCCCAGUCCAGGAGAGCAGCGACCAUCCCGCUCCAUGUGUCACAGCUGUAGAGGAGUUACCUGUCAGUCAGAGAGAAAAGAGUGAAGUGGGAUCUACUUUCCAGUCUAUGAGACGUCGAUUACAAAGAGUCCAACCCAAACCCAACUUACCACAGACGUCAAGAACUGCGAGGUCUAAACCUCAUACCACAAACGCCCCCGUCACACCCAUGCAGCAUGCGGACACACCCUCCAGCCAGACUUCAAGGCCUGAAUUCACUGAUAACACAACAGCAAUGGAAGAAGCACAGCCAACUUGCAGUACCACCCCUCCUGAAAAAACAAGCCAAAUUAAAAGUACCAGCACUGCUUCAGUGCCGGAACCAUCAAUGGAAUUAUGCUCUCCUCAUACAACCACAGAGGGAAUGUCUUCAGCUGAGCAGCAAAAGACAGAUGCUGGACGUGGACUUGACUCAAACUCAAAGGGCUCAGAACAAAAUGUUCUUCAAAGAAGGCCACGCUUUUCUAAGGUCAAACCCAAUUUAGGAUCGUCCCCAAGAACGACACGCGCAAAACUGCAGUCAAGUGACAUCAGUAAACCCCCAGAACAGUGCCACAUGGACGCCUCUUUAACCUCACAACAGCCUGUGGACAACAACAAUGCACAAACAGAGCAGGACCUCACAGGGACAGACGACCAGCACUUGACAUCAACACGUUGUUCAUUACGUACAGAACCUUUCAGCUCAACAAAGUUAGGACCUGCAGAGCCUGAGAAGUCACUAGACGGCACAAAUGAUAAGGUGGAGGCUGUACCUGCCUCACAAUGGGAGCGCAAACGGGACAUGUCCAUUAGAGCUACAGAGUCAAAUACCCAACCAACAGAUGAUCCAACACGCCCCACUAAUACACAGUCCACAGCCGAUCCAAAAGAAAGCACUCAGCAGCCACUUCCAGAGAAUGACUGUGAGGCACAGAGUCCAGAUGCAGUCCAACAAUGUUCUGAAGGGAAUCAAACAGCUGCCCAGAACACUGAUGGUAAUCAGUCGGAGCCAACCGACUCCCCCUCAAGAACAGCUCCACAGACUCGUAGAGGCCGGCUUAUUAAACCCAAACCCAGACUGGUUCGCAGCCGCCCUCCACAACCCCGACAAGAUCAGAAUACAAAACAAGCAGAAAAAGAAGGUGAGGAUGCUUCAGUUUGCCACAAACUUGUGUCUGAACUCCGACCUGACAUCCCAGACCCAGCAGAUGGAGAUAUUGAACAAUGCAGUAACCAAAACUCCUCUCCAAAGGAUCCUGGGUCCUCGCUGGGCUGCUUGACUCAGGAUGCAUCAACAUCAAAUACAGACGAGACCCAAAACCAUCUAAGUCUCUCAAUAGUUCCAGAGAUGUUGUCGCAGCAGGAGCCUUCUGAUCCAGAUGAACCGUUCUUCAUCCUCUCUCUGACUGAGAUCCCAGUCUGCCCAUUAAGCGAGGCGGUGGACAGUGUGCCUGAACACCUCCCUUAUCUUCCUGUAACUGAUGCGUCAAUAGAGCAACAGAGCGUUCCUGGAGAGAGUUCGACAGCAGCAGGAGAAGGGCCUCUCUCCGGGCCUGCGUCCCUGGAGGAGAGUGGUGAGACGGGCCUCGUCAGUGUACAAGAUGUUGGGCCUGACCCAGCUGCACGUGUGACACAACAGGAUUGGAUCAUGGAGAAUCCAGUGGAGCCACAUGAGAGUACUACAGUCCAUCCAUCUAAAUUAUCAGAGACCCUAGAGAAUAAUGAUGAGAUGGAAAUUCCUCCUGUUAAACCUGAUGGACCGCUGGGCACUAGAAGAAGAGGCAAAGUGCAAGUUAAGCCCAAGACUUCAAAGAGGAAACAAGCCAGCAAGACCCUCGCUACCGAGCACUCAGAGCUUCCUGGGCCUUCUCUGCAGCCAGAAGCAUGUGAUGACGUUGUCACUGAGCCACAGAAAGGAAGUGGUGAUCAUGUAGAUGUUGAAAAGGAGACUCUGACAGGUGGGGACCACCCUGAGGAUAGCAGCUCAGGAGCACAAACUACUCGGACUCGGGUGACUGGAAGUCGGAAUAGAAAAGCCAAAGGCUUCCCCCCAAUAAUGUCUGAGACAAACAUCACGGCCCCCGCAGGCGAUUCUCCACCUGGCAAAGGCACCUCCAAGGGCCCGAAGCUCAGAACUCCUCGUGCAGCUGGAAAACGAUCUACGCCAGCGCCUGUAGCCUCAACAUCACGUGACGUCGCUCCCACGCGCAGUGCGACACAGCUGACAGAAGACACCCACUCGACGUCCUUCACCACUUCACAGACGGAGGUGGACGUCGAACAGACCUCUGAGCACAGCCGAGUCACAACUCCUAACACUUCUCUGUGUCCAGCCGAGGUUUCAGCUUCUCAGCAGAGUGACUCUGUGGAGAGCAGCUCUAUAGAGGAGCCCACCAGUGUGUCUCAGUACUUCCUAUGUGACAUUUUUACAGAAGUGGAAGAGGGAUGACGGCUGUAGAGAGGUGGAGUGAAAGCGGGUGGCUUGCCUUUUUAAAAUUAAGUUAUGUCUGUAGGUUAAUUUGUGACCAAAAGCCUGUUUUGUUUUGUUGCUUUCAGUUGUAAUUAAGGGAUAAAGAUAUAUUGACUAUACUUUCACAAGCACUUUGUAUAUAUUUAGUAGUUUCCAUUAGUGAAAUGCCUUUUUUUUAUUUUAUUAACAAACAAUGUUACACCAUUAAUAACCAGAACACUGGUGAAUCACUUGAGUCAAAGACGUGGAAGCAUUUAUUCACUAUGUUUAAAUCCUCAGAUUCCCUUAUUUGGUUAUUAAAUACCUGUGAAAAUGUAAAUAUUGUAUAAUAGCAAAUAGGGUUUUUGGAUAUUUUUCUUUUCCAUAUCUGUUCCUUUUUAAUACUGACAGCAACACCAGUCUCAGGAAAACAUAUUCAAACGACGAUAUGUAUUUUUGUGCUAAGUUUUGUUUGUAUUUGAGAAAAAACAACGUCUUAAAAUUUGCUUUUAUUAAAAAAAACGUAACAUUAACAUUAACAUUAACAUUGCAUCAUUAUAUCUUGUAAAUGCACCCCAAAUACAGAGCAGAGGAAGUCACACUUUAUUUCAGGAGAAUGUUCCAUCAGUUAGCUUUCAUUGAGACAUUCUCUGGUGCUGCAUAUAGAUAGUGUUGUUCAGCUCAGUGUUCAAAGAGGUCCUUGUACAGAUUCACAGCAUUCAUAUUACUAUGUUUGAUACUUGAAACCAAAACACAUCAUGUGUUCUCUUCCUGAAAUGUUUCAUUGGUUUAUUAAAAGUAAAACAUGGAACUCUGUAAGAUCUGAAUAAAAAUGUAUUCUUCCA